UAAAGAUACAGUUGUUUCCUCUUCCAUCAAAGGCAAGAAAAUAUGUUGUGGGAUUACCUUCCAAAUUCAAUCCUUCCGCCAACAAAGACGAUCCAGCCAAGAGACUCAAAUACGCAGAUUAAUUAAAAGAUCAUAGCAAGCAACCAAUCAUCACCCCAAACCUGAAAAAUCAGAUUACAGACAUUUGGCAAAUCGCUUUUAGAUUUUGUGAGAAUAGUGUGUGUGUUUUGGGAAUGGGGAAGGUAAUGGUGAUGUUGACGGCAGCGGCGGCGGUUGUGGCAUGUUCGGUGGCGGGGGUGAUGGUGAGGAGGAGGGUGAAAGAUAGGAGGAAAUGGAGGAAGGUGGUGGGGUUAUUGAAGGAUCUGGAGGAAUCUUUUGAGACGCCGUUGGGGAGGUUGAGGCAGAUGGUGGAUGCUGUUGCUGUUGAGAUGCAAGCUGGUUUGGUCUCUGAAGGAGGUUCUAAGCUUAAAAUGCUCCUCACUUUUGUUGAUGAUCUUCCUAAUGGGAGUGAGAGAGGAACGUAUUACGCACUCCAUCUUGGAGGCUCUUACUUUAGGAUUAUAAAGGUUCAUUUGGGUGGCCAAAGAUCGACUCUUGAAGUUCAAGAUAUCGAAAGACAUAGCAUACCCACAUCUUUGUUGAAUAGUACCAGCGAGGUUCUCUUCGACUUCCUAGCAUCAUCCUUGCAGAGGUUUAUUGAAAAAGAAGGAAAGGAGUCUAUUUCUUCACAAGAUGUGAAAAGGGAACUUGCGUUUACUUUUUCUUUCCCUGUUAAACAAACGUCUCUAUCUUCAGGAGUUCUCAUCAAAUGGACCAAAGGCUUUGCAAUUAGUGAAAUGGCUGGGGAAGAUAUUGCUGAAUGCCUACAAGGAGCGUUGGACAGGAGAGGGCUAGAUAUACACGUUGCAGCUCUUGUGAAUGAUACAGUUGGGGCGCUGUCCUAUGGACAUUAUCAUGACCCAGACACGAUUGCCGCUGUUGUCUUUGGAACAGGUAGUAAUGCCUGUUACCUCGAACGCACUGAUGCCAUAAUCAAGUGUCAGAAUCCACGCACAACUUCUGGAAGCAUGGUGGUGAACAUGGAGUGGGGAAACUUUUGGUCAUCUCGUCUGCCAAGAACUUUAUACGACAUUGAGUUGGAUGCAGAGAGUUUAAAUUCAAAUGACAUGGGAUUUGAGAAGAUGAUAGGAGGGAUGUAUCUAGGCGACAUUGUCCGCAGAGUAAUUCUUCGUAUGUCACAAGAGUCUGACAUCUUUGGACCCAUCUCAUCCAUUUUAUCGACGCCUUUCGUUCUAAGAACGAAUUCAGUCUCAGCAAUGCACGAAGAUGACACACCAGAGUUACAUGAAGUAGCAACAAUCUUGAAACAUUUAGGGGUACCGAAGGUACCACUGAAGGUGAGGAAACUUGUAGUGAAGAUAUGCGAUGUAGUGACACGCAGAGCAGCUAGGCUAGCAGCAGCAGGAAUCUCAGGAAUCUUGAAGAAGGUGGGGAGAGAUGGGAGCGGAGGAGAAGGAAGAAGAAGAAGUAGCGAUAAGCAGAUGAGAAGAACGGUAGUGGCAGUAGAAGGUGGUCUCUAUUCGAAUUAUAAGAUGUUUAGAGAAUACAUGGACGAAGCUUUGAGAGAGAUAUUGGGAGACGACGUGGCUCGACUUGUAGUGAUUAAGGCCAUGGAAGAUGGCUCAAGCAUCGGCUCUGCAUUGUUGUUGGCUUCAUCGCAUAGUGUUCGAACCGUAUCGAACAUAUAGAAUUGAAUAGUUGCGUAGAUUAAAAAUGUAUAUUCACUCGAUUGUUUCGGACGCAUUUAGGUAAAUAGUUUUGUUUCUUGACUAAUUUAAUUAAGAUUCAAUAGAGAAAUUUAAC